CUCCUGUCUUUCUUUCCUCCUGCCUUAGAUGAAAAUGAGGUGGAGAGGGCCGAAGACGACAAGGCUAGCAUUCCACCUCCACCUGGGACUGAAGAGGAAGCUGCAGAAAAUGGCAUUGUGAAAACGAAGGUGACAGAGAACGAGAAUGACAGUGAUAGUGAUAGUGAUGAUGAUGAAGAUGAUGUUCAAGUCACCAUAGGGGAYAUUAAAACGGGAGCUUCUCAGUAUGGCUAUGGAGCGGCGCCUGUGAAUCUCAAUAUUAAGGCAGGAGGGCGAGUUUAUGGAUCUUCUGGAGCAAAAGUUAAAGGGGUGGAUCUAGAUGCGCCAGGAAGUAUUAAUGGUGUUCCACUUCUCGAAGUAGAUCUAGAUUCUUUUGAAGAUAAACCUUGGAGAAAGCCAGGGGCUGAUCUCUCUGAUUAUUUCAACUAUGGCUUCAAUGAAGAUACCUGGAAAGCUUACUGUGAAAAACAGAAGAGAAUACGAAUGGGUCUUGAAAUUUUACCAGUUACCUCAACCACAAAUAAAAUUACGGUACAGCAGGGCAGAACUGGAAAUUUGGAGAAAGAGUUGCUGGUGCAGGCGACCAAAGCUGAUUUCACAUCUCCUCCUGCCUUAUUCAAAUCAGGAAUUCCAACAAACAGGAGAUUAUCUGGCACGAUAGAUGUCAUUGGCCAGACCAUCACUAUCAGCAGGGUGGAAGGACGUCGGCGUGCUAAUGAGAACAGCAACAUACAGGUUCUUUCAGAACGAUCUAACCCUGAAGUAGACAAUUUUACCAAGCCACCUCCAUUUUUCCCUCCAGGAGCUCCACCUACCCACCUUCCACCACCUCCUUUCCUCCCACCCCCUCCAACUGUCAGUACUGCUCCACCUCUGAUUCCCCCACCAGGUAUACCAAUAACAGUGCCACCACCAGGCUUUCCACCCCCACCUGGUGGUCCCCCACCUUCCCUCAUACCCACGAUAGAAAGCGGACAUUCCUCUGGCUAUGAUGGUCGCUCUGUUCGCGCAUUUUCAUAUGGCAGCGUCACCUUUCCGCACCUUGCAGGUUCCGCGCCCGCCUGGUCCAGCCUCAUGGACACCAGCAAGCAGUGGGACUACUAUGCACGGAGAGAGAAGGACAGGGAGCGCGACCGGGAGCGAUCCCGGGACCGGGAUCGGGACCGCGAGCGGGACCGCGAUCGAGAACGAACCAGGGACAGAGAACGGGACCGCGAUCACAGCCCGACCCCGAGCGUGUUCAACAGUGAUGAAGAGCGCUACAGAUACCGAGACUACGGAGACAGAGGCUACGACCGGCACAGGACGAGCAGGGAGAAGGACGACCGGCACAGAGAGCGGCGGCACAGGGAGAAGGAGGACACGAGGCACAAGUCGUCCCGAAGCAACAGCAGACGCCGCCACGACAGCGAGGAAGGGGACAGCCACAGGAGGCACAAGCACAAAAAGUCCAAGCGAAGCAAAGAAGGAAAAGAAGCGAGCGGCGAGCCGGCCCCGGAGCAGGAGAACACGGAGGCUGCCCCUGCCGAAUAGGCCCGCGUGAUUUUUGCCUACUUGCAUAUAUAUUAGUGCCAGAAAUAGAUUACUAUAAAUCCUGUUAUUUUUCUGGGUAUUAAAAUAAUUUGCUCUUAAUCUUGUUCUGUUAGUAUAAAUUCAAAGGUUACUUGGUUUUUUUGGAAAUAAAAGAAUGGAUUUUUCAUGUUAA